UAAUUAACAAUGUAUGAGUCCGGUGGUCCAAUUAAAUUUAUCUAACACAUUUCAAGUAAACUUUGUCAUUCGCGGGGGCUAGAGAAGGAUAAAUUUCAGUGAUAUUGAUAUAUGAGUUCAUUUCAAAAAGAUUUCUCUUCUGAUAUCCAAACAGAAAUUUUGUAAAGUGCAAUGGGAUUGCUAGCUGUAGCGCGAGCGAUUUUUGUAAGAAUUUUAUUCCUAUUGUACUGCUUCAUUGCAACUUGGCGAGUUGUAGUUGCUUACCAAAAUCCGCAGUACUGGCUUUUGCUGGGACUUCUGUCGGGGUUAAUGAUCGAAACGCACGUGACCAUACGGAUAAACAAGGGACAGGAAUGGAAAUGGUUCUCUCCCGCUAUGUUCUUCUUUCUCGUUGCCGCAUUGCCCUGUCUGUGGUUAUUGGAACUUCGACUUAUGGAACAACGCUACGACAAAUUUAACGGUGUCUAUCAAUCGUCACAUUAUUUGCUUUCGAAGCAGAACACACUGUUCGGGAUUAAAUUGCCAACAUUACUCGACGAAUUUGGGUGGGCUUUGGCCUUGGAGCAGUCACUGUUAUUCAUUCUCAUCUGCUGCCGAGGUAUACUGCCACGAGGAAAAAUUUCUAGAGAUGAGUUAUCUCAAAUUUUACUGGUGCACAUGGGCAUAGCAGCUGAUAUUUUGGACCUAUUUUCGAUUUUCAAUGAAGAAGAGUUACUUCAACGACCGACUAUUAUAUACCCAACGUUAUCUUUGUGGACGUUGAGCUUACUACAAUACAGCCUCGUUAUUACCUCAAGUCGAUCCCGAAGAAAUAGAAUGGCUGGGAUCAGUAUCAGAAGGGGAGAAAGCAGCAGAUCUUGGACCUGUGCAGAACCCCGGGGUGGAAGACGGCGCGUUCGGAAAUUGGGGUUUUGGUCUAGCGAUUUCUGGUCAAACAAAGACGUUGUCGGGGUGCUGUCAUCAACCGCAAUGCAGGAUCUACCUUUUUUUAUAUUUCGCCUUUUUCUGUUGUCGGUUAUGGGAAUCUUGAGCCACACAAUGGCAUUCUUUACUUGCAAGAAUGCCUUGGUUGUUGUUCUUCAAAUCCACCGCCUUCGUAUUAUAUAUUCGGAGAUUAAAUACGAUGGUAUAGAAAUAGCAAGAGCACACUCUGAAAGAGAUGGAAUCAGUGUUGUUGAAUUAAAUCGUGCUGAUAUUGUGGAACGGCUAAACAGUAGGAAACCUACCCAUGAGAUGGUGACUACUUCAGAUUCCCUUGAAUUGCCAGGUCUACCUUCAAACAAGCAUGAACUGCAUUGUGAUAAUGAUACAUACUCCACUGACGGAAAACCAUCGUGAAAUAUUUCCUGGCGCGGGCAGUGAACUAUUAUUUGUAGGCCUACAAACUUCUUAUUGUGCAUAAAUGUAAGAUUAGACGAUAUCAAACUGUGGACGUUUCCGUACCAUUGUUAGUCAUUUUUAAACUCACGGUAACAUAAAGUCGCAUUUAAUAAUAUCAUCAGUGUUUCCUAUAAUAUUUUACUUUAUUUUCUAAGUGCAUCCAAAUUUAUUGGAUUUGUACUGUAACUUAACAUUGAGAUAUAAAUUUUAUAGAUCAGAAUGAAAUUUUAUUUCAUUAUUUUUUGGUAGUUAAAAACCAACAAGAAUAUAGUUCGGUUCCCAAUGCCCAUUACGCUAAUUAAAACUUUGUUUUGGUAAGGUGCAUAAUUAUAACUUUUGUUGGAAUAUUGUAUAUAUAUAUGACCAAAAAGGAAUGCUACCCUAGUGAUACUCAUAUAUAUAUAUAGUAGGCUACCAGGCUACCCCAUCUCUGUAAAUUUAAACUUUCCCACCGCUGUGUUGUUUUAUUCUUGUCGUUAACAUGAGCAUUUUCUGUGGGACAAAUCUAUCGAUUUAAUUAUUUGCUUGCGAUCGUGGGCAACCGUAUAGUUGGCGUAAUAAUAAUUGGGUCAAGGAAUUCCCUGUCGGGGUGGUACUAAUUAACCAUUCCUAAUAAAUUAAGCCUUAUUGCGUGUUAGCAUGCAACGUGGAAUCUCAGAUAAAAUAUUAUAACGUGAAAUUCACCUUGUGGAUGUUUUUCCGAUCCCCCCGGAUGUUUUCUCACAUAGUUUACCAAUAUGGUGAAAAAGUUGCUUAUUUUGAGAUUGAAUUAGCGAGUUAAAGCAUGUAAACGGGUAUACAUAUUCAUAAGCACAAUUUUGUUUCAAAAUAUUUAAUUGGGCAUUAUUUUUUUUCAAAAUAUAUUGUAUUGAUUAAAAAAUGUUGAGUUUUGCAAUGUUCAGCUCUAACAACUAUAACUAAUCGAUGACCUUCUGUUACUAAUAUAUUUUCGCUACAUUCAUUUACAUUUUCUGGACCUCCUGAAGUAUACGCACCAAGAUGGCGCACAUCCUGGACUCAGGUUGUGUACCAGGUUAGGGUUCAGGUUAUGCGACAUCUUGGUGCGCAUACUUCCGGAUUCCCCAUUUUCUGCUAUAUCUGCAAUUAUUGAUAUCCAACCUACCGGUAUGUACACUCUUGACAAGUCAGUCAUUUUCUUGAUCCAUGACUAUUUAUAUGAUGUGCGCCUGCUUAGGGGCCGAUCAGUUUUAUGUGAAUUUAUUUCCUUUUCAUUCCGGUACCUGCUACACUACACUGCUUUUAUGCAUAAAUCUAUUUUAAGAUAAUCUACAUCUGUACCAGCUGAUAGACUACCGCUACCGUAACGUUGUCAUGUACCAGUAGCACAAUGCACAGUGUCAGCUAAACUCUUGAAUUGAAGUACUUGAACCUGGUUUUCUUCGUCACUGUGCAUAGCUAGUCGCUACUACUUCACAUUGUAACCAUGUGGGCGGCUACCGUGUUUCCCCAAAAAUAAGACAGGGUCUUUUUUCAAAUUUCUUUCGAAGGGCUUAUUUUGGGGGGAUGUCUUUUAAU